AUGAAAAAUGGAGAAUUAAUUUCAGAUCAACCGGAAGUAGAAUGUGGACAAGGGAGUAUAGCAGUACGACAAACGAACCAUGCAACAUUUCAUUUCGAGAAGUGUAACGUGAACAGGAAACGUGAAGUGAAUCCACGUGGAAUGGCUUACUCAUUCACAGUUAUCGUACAACUACAUCCGUUAUUUAUUACGAAAGUGGAUCGAGCUUAUAAUGUGCGGUGUUUCUAUAUGGAGGAGAACAAGGAGGUUGAUGCUGAAUUACAAGUCAGCGAUUUGACGACAUCAAUGCUUGAAUCAGGCCAUGCAAUGCCUCAAUGUUCCUAUACAUUACAUCGGGAUUCCCCGAAUGGACCGGUAUUACGAUAUGGUCGAGUAGGUGACAUUGUAUUUCAUGUCUGGGAUUGUCCCUCAGAUGUUUAUGCAAUGCUUAUUCAUAGCUGUUAUAUCUUGGAUGGACAAGGUGGAGAACACCAAGUUAUCGACGAAAAUGGAUGUUCAACAGAUGAUUUUAUUAUUCCACAAUUGACAUAUUCUAAUGAACUGACUCGUAGCUUUGCGGGAGCAAGUGUUGUCAACCUGCCGGAUCGAGAAUCGAUUUAUUUCAGUUGUCAAGUGAAAUUAUGUUUCAAGAAAGGCGAUUACUGCACCAAUGUGACGCCACCACGUUGUAAUGAUCAAAUUUUUGCUACUACAAAUUCGAAAGAAGAUGCGAAACAUAUUGAAGAUGAAUUACAAAGCGAUCAACUUUUGUAUACAACCACUGGUCCGCUUGCUACGUCAAAUACCAUCCGGAUUGUCCAGACCGUUCCGCCCAAUACUCUGAUUUCUCCAUCAUCCAGGAAAUCAUCUGAGCUCCAAACUUUGCCAGCCACUUCACCAUUUACUAAUCAUUUCACUACCGUUGUCAAACUACCUGAUGAAAUGAUCGCAAAUUCGUCAUAUAUUUUCAAGAAUGAAAUUCCAAAACGAAACAGAUUUCCGGAAUAUCGUAAACAACAAAAUGAUAGUAACAUAGAGUUUAGUGACGAAAUAGAAGGUUCGGGAGAGAAUGGAAAUUUGUUAAGUAUGAGUACAACAAAUGACCAAUCUAUCAUAACUACUGGUCAUAUUACUGUCAGUAAUACUGGAACUUUAAGUAAAAUCUCUAAGAUAAUAAAAGCAGCAGCAACAACAACAACAACAGUAACUACUACUGCUACAUCAACAAUAACAACAGCUUCUGGGAUAGAAAUUGUACGGGAAAUAAAUUCAACGAGAGGUCGACGAACAGUCCCUGAGAAUGAUUAUAAUAUCGUUGAUUUGGAUGUUGCAACACCACAAUUGAAAAUUCUCGAAGAAGAUUUUGGCAAGUAUUACUUCUUCAGAAAUAUCAUUUAUUGA